AUGCUUAGUGCACAACGGUUAUUGCAGCCUGAGCCCAUGCAGGCGCUGACGCGGGAACUGGCGGCGCAGAUCGCGGCCGACCACCCGGCGCUGCAGAGCCUCAACCUGUCGAGCAAUGCGCUGGCGGACGUGCGCCACCUGCAGCUGGUGCCGCGCUCGCUGACGCAGCUGGACCUGGGCGCCAACCGCCUGGCCGCGCUGCCGCCGGAGCUGGGCGCGUGGCUGCCGAAUCUGCGGCUGCUGCGGCUGCGCGGCAACGCGCUCGAGUCGCUGCGUCCGCUGAGCGCGUGCCUCAGACUGCAGACGCUGGACGCGGGCGCCAACCGCGUGGCGCUGCUGAGCGAGCUGCGCUUCCUGCAGCCGCUGGCGCAGCUGCGGCACCUUGCGCUGGACGGGAACCCGCUCGCCCACUCC